AUGGACGUCACUGCACUCUCCACGCUGAUGGAAGUGCUGGAUCAGAGACAGGAGGCUGCGGAGAGAAAGAGAGGAGAGGUGUACGAUCGAGAAGAUCGGAAUCAGAGAAGCACCCCAAGUACCAGAAGGAACCGUCAUGGCGCCCCCUUAGCGUGGGUGCAGAAAAUGACAAUGGAAGAUGACCCGGAGGGAUACCUGGUCACCUUUGAACAGCUGGCUACUGCCACGUCAUGGACUCGGGAAUACUGGGCCAGUCGGCUGGGCUCCUGCCUGAUCGGGGAAGCCCAAGCAGCCUACCAGGAAGCUGUGCGGAAGCUGAGGCCAGCCAAUGAGGUCCCUAUGUCUGUAUCCAGCCGGACGGACAGCGGGGUGGACGUGCUCUGUAACUCCACCCAUGUGGACAUCCAGAGAAAGAGUGACAAGCCUCCCUUCACAGAGAGGCUUCUUGUUGAUGCUUUAAAUUACCACCUGAAGCCUGAACCCAUCAGCAUCCUCAAGGCCUACAGAGUGGCAGAUAACUUCCACGCCCGUUACCGUGCCUUAUCCAAGACAUACGUGUACCGACUCAUUACCGGGACCCGGCAUUACUCCCAGCUCCCCGUGUUCGAGAGGAGCCUCUGCUGGGCUGUGCAUGAGGACCAUUUCAGUGUGACAGCAUUGCAAGAAGCUGCCAAGCUGUUGCUGGGGACCCAUGACUUCAGUACAUUCAGAUCACUGAACUCCGAGAGGCCUUUCAAAUCCCCCAUCAAGACACUCCUGCAAGCAGAGGUGUACAGUAGAGCGGGCUCAUUCUCACAGCAUCCUUUUCACAGGUAA